AUGACGGCUUUAAGUCUUGCUCUAACACGAACAACAUUACUGACGAAUUCACUGAAACAGACUCGGACAUCAACCAUGAAUAUCUCAACCAAAGAGUUGAACCACUCGAUCUUGAUAAAUUUGAUGAUAAGGCAACAGCCGAUUCUUUUGUUAAGUUCUUUCAAUUUAUUACUGUUCGUAGCUACUUCGCUCAUCAGCUUCGAUAACAAGAGAUCUUAUUUCAGACUUCGUAUUAUUCAGCUCAAAAAUUGGUCUGCUAAAGACCAAAUAACUCUGAUUGUGAACCGAGAAAACAUUUUACAUGACACUUUUACACAACUGCUAGAACACAAAAACUACAUUUCAAAUUUCUCGAUUAUUUUCGAAGGUGAAGAAGGUGUCGAUGAGGGCGGAUUAACUCGUGAAUUUUACCGACUUCUAUCUAAGGAAAUUUUCAACCCUGAUUACUGUAUGUUUGUGAAAGUCAGCGACAAAGGCACGGAUUACCACAUCAAUCCUCUCAGUCGCAUUGACCCAGAUCAUCUAGAAUGCUUCAGGCUUAUUGGACUCAUUACAGCUAAAUGUUUGUUUGACGGCUACUAUUUGGAUGCUCACUUUACCCGUCCACUUUACAAAAUAAUAGUUGGAAAAACUUUAACUCCUUCUGAUUCACAGUUCAUUGACGAACAGUACUACACGAACUUGCAGCAACUGCUGGACAACUCUAUAGAAAAUUUGGGGCUGGAGCUGUACUUUAAUAUCGACAUUGUAGAGUUUGAUCAGAUAAAGACAACUGAGCUCAUUCCAAACGGAAACAACAUCCCCGUUACUGACGACAACAAGUUGGAAUACGUAAACUUGCUUUGCGAGUUUAAGUGUCUCAGAGGGAUCAAGGAACAGGUAACCGCUUUCAUGAAAGGCUUUAACAGCUUGAUUCCGAGGUUCUUAAUUUCUAUUUUCGACGAAAUGGAAAUCGAACUUCUCAUUUGUGGAUUGCCAGACAUUUCCAUUGACGACCUGCAAGCUCAUACAAUAUACAGCAACUAUGUAAAAGAAGAUAAGACAAUCAUUCACUUUUGGGAAGUGUUGCGAGAAUUCGAUACUAAUCAGGUCGCUUCUUUUCUCCAGUUCGUAACGGGUUCUGGUAAAGUACCUUUAGGCGGGUUCAAGAACCUGAUGGGCAACAAUGGAAUUCAAUAUUUCACCAUCACCAAGGUCGACAACGUAAAUCGACUCCCCACAGCCCACACUUGCUUCAACCAACUCGAGCUUCCUAGCUAUGAGUCAAAGGAAAUUUUAAAAACUAAGCUUUUGCAAGCUAUUAUGGAAGGUCGAGACGGCUUUGGCUUUACCUAA